AGGGAUCACGAUUGUCGAGAGCGGGGGUGUAGCUUGGUUGACUAUUGGAGGCCAGCAAACCCAAUGGAGGCCGACCAGCAUCUCGAUUACCAUCCGGGAGGAGGGCUGCUUCACGACGAACAUCUUUCAUCUGGCCGUCUCGACGAUGGCUUCGGGAUAAUAUCGUCGAUCAGCCCGUAUUCCGCUGUGUCCACGCUUUCGUGCGGACUAUGCAGACUGAACACUGCCUCUGGGCGCACUCCGGUCAACCAAUUUUUCCGGCUGCCGAGAUGUCUGGGCGCAACGGGACCAAGGCGGACGGCAUACAAAAGUCGGGUAUCCAAAGACUUUGCCUCAGCGGCCUUCAUCACUGGUGGACAGCACGACUACGGAUCGUUACGUCCAUCGUACAAAUCAUUGUCCCAGCUCGCUUCUCGGCGAGGCCGCAUCAAAGACCCUUGCCACGACGGUGUUGCCAACAAUCUCGUUUCGCCACCAGUUACAUCUGACACAUUUCCUUCAACCGGGCUAUGAAAAUCCAAUAUCUCCUCAACAAACCUGAUGAUGAGCCCAUCGCAAAAUCCUGGGUGCCUCCAGGCCAACGAUGGCCGGUCAUGGCUGCUUCCAGUGCACCAACAUUACAUGUGAAUGACUCGAGGAGCCACCCUCACGAGUCGCAAGCAUGUUCACCGCUGCUGGAUGCAACAUUUGGUUUGAUUGGUGGGAAAAGCAACCGGGAUCCACCCCCAGCUGGAUCGAACACCAAGCCGCAUGGACGGAAGCUGUUCGCAUGUCCUCACUGCUCAAGGAGCUUUGGUCGGAGACAAGAGCUCCGUCGACACUGUCGCUGCGUGCAUGCGACAGAGACUCCGUGGGUGUGCCCUGCCUGUCAGAAGGGAUUUGGGAGGAUUGACGCCCUGAGGAGUCACCUUGCCACCAAGAAAGCACAGUCCGUGGGCUGCCGGUUCAUUCUUGGUGAUCUCUCUAUCCCUCUCAUCGUUUCCCUUUCAGCAGUAGCUGUGGUGUAACUCAGGAUGAGUGAGGGCUUGAUGCUGCUGUCGAAAAGAAUGGAGUAUAUUCCAACAUACAUUCUUUCA